AUGGCUCACUCAUCAGAGCCCCCUCGGAGGGAGAAGACCCCUGGCCCUCAAGGGUCACACACAGCUACACGCAACCUCCUCCGCAAGAAGGAGCAGCGCCGUCGCGGAAUCCGAUCCUCCUCACCCAUGGGCAGGGUCAUCCUCAUCAACUCUCCUGUGGAUGGUGGAGAUGACAGUGAAGACCUCCACACAAUCACAGUGGAUAAAAGUUUGGAUGGCAGACUUGGCUUCAGCGUCAGGGGAGGGUCUGAACACGGGCUCAGCAUCUUUGUCAGUAAAGUGGAGGACGACAGUGCAGCAGCGGAGGCCGGUUUGCGUGUCGGGGAUAAACUGGUGGAGGUGAAUGGGAUCAGCCUGGAGAGCAUCACCAUGAGCAGUGCUGUCCGGGUCCUGACCGGCAGCAACAGACUGAGGAUGGUGGUGAGGAGGGUCGGCAAGGUCCCCGGCAUCCGCUACUCCAAAGAGAAGACCACAUGGGUAGAUUUGAUACAUAAACGGAUGGUGGUGGAGGAAAGCGGAAAGACUCCUUCUGAGGCCAGUUCUGUAAGUGCUCUGCCAAGAAUCGUUCACCUUUCCACCACUUCCGACGAUUACUGCCUGGGAUUUAACAUUCGGGGAGGCAAGGAGUUUGGGCUCGGCAUCUAUGUCUCCAAACUGGAUCCAUGCGGGCUCGCUGAACUGAACGGGAUCAAAAUGGGCGACCAGAUACUCGUCGCGAACGGGAUCAGCUUUGAGGACAUCAGUCACAGCAGCGCAGUGGAAGUGCUGAAGAGCCACACGCAUGUUAUGCUCACUAUUAAGGAGGCGGGGCGCUAUCCUGCCUACAAGGAGAUGGUGGCUGAAUACAGAUGGUUGAAUAAAUUGGCCAAUGGAACCCAGAACUCGUCGUCCCAGGGCUCAGUCUCCACCUCCUCGGCCUCGUCGCUCUCCUCGGGGACUCCGGUGAGCUCUCUCAGCGGUCUGUCCCAGGUCAUGUUCCCUCCCAGUCUGCCGUUUGGGUCCGACAUGGUGGACGUGUGCAUCUCCACUGAAGACCAGAGGUCUGAGCCAGAACAUCCAGAGAUCUCGGCUGACACGACCCGCAGUCUGGGACCGACCACGCUGCUUAAAGACACUGCCAUCCGAGGAGACGAGGGCAAAAAGAAGAAAGAAUCUCCCAAAACCGCUGUGCUCCUGGCUCUUAGCAAACCCAGCCGGCCCAUCACCCGCUCCCAGAGCCAGGUCACUGUAGCAGAGAUUACACAGAAGAAGGAGAAAACGCAGAAAGGAAAAGACCCAGAGGAGAAGAGCACGCUGCAGAGGUCAAAAACGUUUGUGAAUCUGCUGUUUAAAGGUGGACGGAAAGGUCGUUCCAAGUCCAGUGAUCGAGCUGGCAAAGAUGGAAAACAGCCAAAUGCAGAGAUGCUGGGGGUGGUGGAAGGCAUGGCCCGGAGGCUGCUGACGGAGGAGGAGGUGGCUUCUGUGAUGAAGAGCUGUCGCCGGUACAUAGCCGAACAGUCAGUAGAAACCUUCAUACGCCACCUACUGGGCGUUCUGGACAGACCCGAGAAGUUACUGCUGCUGAGAGAAGCAAGGAUGCUGCUUUCUCCGCCUGACCUCACUUUAUUCAACAACAUGGUGGCUCCAGUCGAAGCUGAGGCCUACGACAUCCUCAAGUAUCGCUCAAUCCGAACCCCUCCACUCCGCUCUCCGAACGCUGGACGGGCCCCAAAACGACAUCUCAUCACACCCAUCCCAGACUACAGAGGAGGCUUUGAGCUGCACCAUGCGGAGGAGGUGGAGAAGGAGAGCCACCUACUGGAGCAGCUGGAGAAGCUCAGCCUGACCGCUCCUACUGUCCCCAGACCUCACACCUCCAGUGCCUUCGCCCCGCUGCUGGACGUCCCUUUGGACGGGUACCACUCCAAUUCCAGGGAGCUAAAGCCUCCCUCCAGCCCCAUGGUCCCCAACUGGCUCCUGGCCCGCUCAGAAGACUCUCGUUUCCCCUUGAGGACCGACAUAGGGACCGUGCGUUCUGUUCACUUCGACGAGGUCUCACUUCACUCCACGUCAGACAGAAGCAGCACAUCUCAGAGAGGCCGGUCCCCUUCCAGGAACGGAAACGCGAAAGAUAAAAAAGGGAAGGAAGUUUUGUUUACGCUUCAAAGUGCCUCAAACCGGAGUCGGCCUCUGCUGUCCCAAGUUUUCAGCCCCAGUUCAGAACAAAAACACCAGAGUGGGACGGUGAACGGACAUGUUUCAGAGAACGGACUGAACGGGACGGGGGCAGAGCAGAAGUACGAGCUCAAGACGGUCAGCAUCUCCAAGACCAAGCAGUCUCUGGGUAUCAGUAUAUCCGGGGGCAUGGAAUCAAAGGUUCAGCCAAUCAUAAAAAUAGAGAAGAUUUUUCCCGGUGGAGCCGCUUCGACGAGUGAAGUUCUAAAGGCAGGAUUCGAGCUGGUGUCAGUGGACGGAGUGUCUUUGCAGGGAGUCACUCACCAACACGCUGUGGACAUUAUCCGGAAAGCCUUCAGCAACAAGGCCAAAGACCCCAUGGUUUUUGUGGUCAAAGUCCCACAAAAUCCUUAA